AUUCUUAUUAAAGAUUCUAAGGACCAGGCUUUAAAGGUUGAAAAUUUGUCUUUUGAAGUUUGUCAAGAACUUGAGAAAGCCCCUCAUGAAAUUUACGUACAAAACUUUCUCAAAAAUGAAGUUAAUGAUAAUACAACAGCAAACGAAAAUUUGAAUAAUUAUGAUAAUCCAAGAAAUUGGUCCUCAAAAAAGAAGUUUUUAGCUUUGAUUAUCGUAGCUAUCUGCGGAAUAACGACACCUAUUGCGGGAACUAAUAUGUUUAUUGAUGUCGAUAAUUUGUCGAUAUGGUCGAUUAUCGUUAUCAUUAUCCCAGAAUUUGAAAGAACUGUACUUCUAUUUUCUUCGGUACCGAAAUUAUCCG